AUGAGCGGCUUCCCACACAACAUCCUCCAUUCCCAGGAGGAUGCCCCUCCCCGGCUAGCUCCCAUAGCUCAGCGAGGUGGUCCCUCAUCAGAGGGCGCCGGCGUGACCAAUCCCAGCUCCACUUCAGAAGCAGCUCCUCCUGGCUACAGUGAUGUCACGGUAGCAAGUCCAUCGCGGGAAGACUAUGCUGCCUCUCAAUUCCAGUAUCGUCCCUCGUCGUCUUCGGGCGAUCUCGCCUACCGCCGAGAUUCCGGAGGAAGCAGUGCAGGUAGCAGGCCUUCCACAACUGCUUCUCUCAAUCCCACGAUGCAACAGCUCUCCACUGCAGAGAGGCUGCCUCUGUCCACUACCCUGCCCCCUCUUCGAAGUGUCAUGGGAAUAGGAAGACCUGCUUCGGCUUCAGAGUCGGCAGGAAGCCCAAUAGCUGCCGCAAACACGUUGCUUACUACAUCGGCUUGGGAGCAGAAUAGGCCUAGAGCAGCUUCUGCCUCGUCCUUCACAGCGGGAGGAUCACAUAGGGGAACGUACUUAUCUGGGAGGUAUGAUCGGUCCAUACUCGGAAGAUCGGCCCUGCCUGACCGAUACCCUGCGAUUGGAAGCGCCGGCGCUGGAACCUCUUCUAGCCUCUCGUCCAACCCUACCUUGACGUGGUCAGGCUCCCUCCGUAGCAGUCGCGCCGGGCCCACCUCACGGGCUCGCAGUCACUCGAGGCCCGAGCCCUAUGUCGUCCCCUCUGGUGCUGCUGCAAUGGCUGGAAACUCUUUAGCGGGCCCUCAUCGCGGCCAUCCUUCCGUGUUGGUCAGUGCAACUCCCUCGUCUCAGGUCAGAGCUCAGACGGGGCUUCCUGGGUCUAGCGCAUCCUCCCGCGGGACAGGCAGUAGUGCUACACCUUCGCUCAAUCUGCCACCUGGCGAGACUAUCUCUCUAGAUGGCUUCUCAAAGGAGCAGGACGGCCGACGCUUCAAGCUUGUGGUGGUACAAUCCCCAAGCAGAGCGAGGAUGUGCGGGUUCGGAGACAAGGACAGGAGGCCUUUAAGCCCAACGCUGAUCGUCAAGCUGGUCAUUACAGAUGUGGAGACUGGCAAGGAAGUACCGCCUACAGAUGUGGACACCUCGGCCUUCUUUCUCGCUGCUGACCUCGUCCACCCCGAAGAGCUCAAGGCGUCUCCGAGGAAUCUGCUCAUACAUCAACACGCCGCAAAUGUGUCUACGGAGAUGCUGCAACAGUCUGCUGGUGGCUCGGGUACUCCUAGCUCGUCUUCAUCACUAGCUACCUUUGACGUCGAACGAGUAAGAGCGAGAUCCUUGUCCGACCCCUGGAGGGCGGCUCAAGUGACUCCCUCGUGGAACGGUGGAGGCGGUGGACCCGGUCCGGCUUAUCAUCCUUCUUCUUCUUCUUCGAAAGAAGGCCUCGGGCCACCGCAUUCAAGUGGUGGUGGUGGCGGUGGUGCGGCUCCUUUUACUACGGUCACCACGGAGACGUACACACGAAACUUCGUCGGCGCCUCCGUCGCCAGUGCAAACAUUCUCAAGGACGAGCACGACCAGCUUGGCAUCUUCUUUGUCCUGCAAGACCUCUCGGUACGAACCGAAGGAACCUACCGCAUCAAGCUCAUGUUUGCCGAUCUAGCAAGUCCAUCAUCUACCGCCUCGCCUUCUCCUUCUUCCAGCAGUGGUACACAGGGACAGGGUCAGAUGAGACUAGGCAUCUCCGAAGCCCUCGCAGAAACGUACACGGAGCCCUUUGUGGUGUACACUCCUCGACGUUUCCCUGGAGUUAUAGAGCCUACGGUCCUCAGCCGAAAGUUUGCUGCACAGGGAGUCAAGAUUCCUGUAAGGGUUGAUCGAAAGAAGCGAAGGAGGAAAGGUAAAGCGGGAGAGGGUGGAGAAGGAGGAGAGGGAGGAGUAGAUGGGAGUGGAGGCGAGGAAGGUGAAGGAGGAGAAGGUGGUGAAGGAGAUGGAGAUGAGGAUAUUGAAGAGGACUGA